AUGGCGCCCGCCCGCAAGCAAACUAAGACAGAGCGCGCCCGGCAGUGGCUCAAGGGCGGCGGCGUCCUGCGCGAGGACUCGGAUGACGAGCUAGGCAUCGAGGACUACCCGUGGGAAUGGCUCUACGAUGGUGACGACGACGCGACGCCCCGCGGCAGAGCUAGCCGCCAAAAAAAGACCCAGGCCUCGAAGCGCACCAUCGUCGGCGCCCGCAUGGGCAAUUUCGUAUGCCGCCUGGGCGACACUGUGCUGCUGAAAGCAGAGGGCAACGAGGCGUGGGUCGGCAUCAUCUGCGACCUGUUCGACGGCAGCGACGAGGAUGGGGACGAGAAGAUGGCCAACUUCAUGUGGUUCUCCACCCCGAAGGAGAUCCGCAACAAGGCCCGCCGCCGGACGGACUACAUGGAGAACGAACUGUACAUUACGGCCUACUUUGACGACAACCCGCUCACGACAAUCAAUGGCCGCGCCACAGUCGUUUCCAUGGACACGUUCCUCCAACAGUUCCCUGCCGGCAAAGUUCCGCGCACGUCAAAGGACUACGGGAAAAUAUUUGUUUGCCAACGUGGCGUUAACACGCGCACGGCUACAUAUACAGAUGUCUUCCGCUGGGAAGAUGUGUACUCCGGCGAGGAUGACAUCCCCAGUCUCGUAGAGCUUGUCAAGAGCCAGACGAAGGAGACGCGCAAACGAAGGGACCCGAGGAAGACGAAGCAUGAAUUGGACGACUUUGUAGUUCCCGAAGACGACGACGAAGGCAUUCCCCAAACUCCAAAGAAGCGGCGCAAACUGAACGAUGCUACCACCCCCACAUCCAGAAGAAAAGAUCUUACGCCUCGAAAAUUCCUCACACCUACACAUAAACGCAUUGUCGUCAAAAAGCCGCUGGAGUUCACUCCCCUUGGGACCCGCAUCCUUUCUCCAAAUGUCCUGUCGUCGCCGUACCAGGUCGCACGGAAUCAGCUGCACGUCUCAUCCGUCCCUGCUUCUCUCCCAUGCCGUGAAGAGGAGUUCUCAACCGUCUACUCUCAUUUAGAGGCCGCCAUUACGGAUGGUUCAGGAUCUUGCAUUUACAUUUCUGGUACUCCCGGCACCGGAAAGACAGCAACCGUUCGCGAAGUUGUCGCACAGCUCAACGCGGCCGUACAGGAGGAAGAGCUCGAUGAUUUCAUUUUCGUCGAGAUUAACGGCAUGAAAGUGACCGACCCUCACCAGUCGUACUCCCUUCUAUGGGAAGCUCUACGCGGAGACCGCGUCAGCCCCGCACACGCGCUCGAACUUCUCGAACGUGAAUUCUCGAGCCCCAGCCCACGUCGGGUGCCUUGCGUGGUGUUGAUGGAUGAAUUGGACCAGCUUGUCACCAAAAAUCAAAGUGUCAUGUACAACUUUUUCAACUGGCCCGGCUUACGCCACAGCCGGCUGAUUGUGCUUGCCGUUGCAAACACCAUGGAUCUGCCUGAGAGAACCCUUAGCAAUAAGAUAAGCAGCCGAUUAGGCCUGACACGCAUAACCUUUCCUGGCUACACGCACGACCAGCUUAUGUCCAUCAUCCAAUCGCGCCUGAGCAAUGUUCCCGGCAACAUCGUGCAUCCCGACGCCAUCCAGUUCGCCUCGCGCAAGGUAGCCGCCGUGUCCGGAGACGCGCGUCGCGCGCUCGACAUCUGCCGGAGGGCGGUCGAGAUUGCCGAAGCCGCAUCGCUCGACGCGAACAGCAGCGGCGGCGACUCAGCGCCCAACACGCCAAGCAAGACGCCGGGCCGGGCCGCGCAGGCCAACGGCGGUGCGAAGAAGCCGGCCGUGGUGACCAUCGCGACGAUCAAGCAGGCCAUCGCCGAGGCGACCAGCAGCCCGCUGCAGCAGGCCCUCCGCGCGCUGCCGCUCGCGUCCAAGCUGUUCCUCGCCGCGCUGCUGGCGCGCGUGCGCCGCACCGGCGUCCAGGAGGCGGUCCUGGGCGACGUCCUGGACGAGGCGCGCAACCUGGCCCUCAUGAGCCAGACCGACGCCAUCCACGCCUGCCUGCUGGGCCACCGGUCGCUGCCGUCGAUUGCCAGCGGCGGCGACGAUGACGGCGUUGCCGCAGACGGGCUGCUCAGUGGUCUGGCGACCUCGCAGCAGCAGCAGCCGGCCACGCCGCGCCGCGGCCGACCGCCCGGCCCGGCGAAGAUGGCGGCGGCGGCGGCAGCACAACAGCAGCGCGAGAAGGCGGCGCGCGUCACCGGGAUGGGGAACGCGGCGGCCGAGUUGAUGGAAGCGGGGAUAGUGGGGUUGGAGGCGCGGAGAGGAGAGAGGGUGGGGAGGGUGAGGUUGGGAGUGAGCGACGAGGAAGUGAGACUGGCGUUGAAGGACGACGAGGAGGUCAAAGGGCUAGGGUUUGGUUGA